AUGGCAAAAGCAAAUCGCACCUCAGUGUAUGAGUUCAUCUUUGUUGGAUUUGCUGGCUCUCCAGAGUUACAGAGUUUGCUCUUCGUAUUCUUCCUGACAGUUUAUUUCAUUACCGUGCUGGGAAAUCUUGGGAUGUUUCUGCUCAUCCAGAUGGACUCAAGACUUCACACCCCCAUGUACUUCUUCCUUAGUAACCUGUCAUUGGUUGACCUUUGCUAUUCUUCUGUGGUCACCCCAAAGAUGUUGAGGGAUUUUGUGAUAGAAAGCAAAACAAUUUCCUUAACGGGAUGUGCAGCACAAAUGUGGUUUUUUGGCUUCUUCUUGGGUUUUGAAUAUUAUCUCUUGGCUUUGAUGGCAUAUGAUCGGUAUGUUGCCAUUUCUAACCCACUGCUUUAUACAGUCAUUAUGUCUAGGAAAGUCUGUAUACUACUCUUAGUUGUACCUUGCUUUGCUGGACUAUUAAAUGGCACCGCACAUACGGUUAUGACUUUCCGAUUAACUUUCUGCAAGUCCAAGAUCGAUCACUUUUUCUGUGAUAUCCCUGCUGUGAUAGCCCUUUCCUGCUCAGAGACACAAACAAAAGAACACAUGGCAAAAGCAAAUCGCACCUCAGUGUAUGAGUUCAUCUUUGUUGGAUUUGCUGGCUCUCCAGAGUUACAGAGUUUGCUCUUCAUAUUCUUCCUGACAGUUUAUUUCAUUACCGUGCUGGGAAAUCUUGGGAUGUUUCUGCUCAUCCAGAUGGACUCAAGACUUCACACCCCCAUGUACUUCUUCCUUAGUAACCUGUCAUUGGUUGACCUUUGCUAUUCUUCUGUGGUCACCCCAAAGAUGUUGAGGGAUUUUGUGAUAGAAAGCAAAACAAUUUCCUUAACGGGAUGUGCAGCACAAAUGUGGUUUUUUGGCUUCUUCUUGGGUUUUGAAUAUUAUCUCUUGGCUUCGAUGGCAUAUGAUCGGUAUGUUGCCAUUUCUAACCCACUGCUUUAUACAGUCAUUAUGUCUAGGAAAGUCUGUAUACUACUCUUAGUUGUACCUUGCUUUGCUGGACUAUUAAAUGGCACCGCACAUACGGUUAUGACUUUCCGAUUAACUUUCUGCAAGUCCAAGAUCGAUCACUUUUUCUGUGAUAUCCCUGCUGUGAUAGCCCUUUCCUGCUCAGAGACACAAACCAACAAGAUAGUUCUCUUUAUCAUGUCCUGCACAUUUGGCACUCUCAGCAGCUGUUUUAUUAUUAUCUCCUACAUCUAUAUUCUUUCUGCCAUCCUGAGGAUCCGAUCUGCCGAGGGCCAGCGGAAGGCUUUCUCCACCUGUUCCACCCACCUCACGGCUGUUUCCAUCUUCUAUGGCACCCUCUUCUUUAUAUAUGUGCGGCCCAGCAGUAGCUUCGUAGCAGACCAGGGCAAGAUGUUUUCCGUGUUUUAUACAGUGGUCAUCCCCAUGUUAAACCCAUUCAUCUACAGCAUCAGGAACAAGCAAGUUCAAGAUGCUGUAGGCAGAAUGAUGAGGAGAAGGGGAGUUUUAUGA